CCCUUCGGGAUGAUCCCGUAGGCACCGAAGGUGUAGGAGGGCUCCUGCCCUCCACCAUAUCCCGGGGUGCCCGGGAUCAAGGACAAUCAGAAGGUAACCCCGGAAGCAAAGUAUGGGGGAACCUCAGAGACUAUACCAACUAUUAAAAAACGGGGGGAGGGUCACGCGUGCCCCGAGAUGGAUAAAUUUAAUGAUUACUUAACAGGGCUCAUAGAAGCUGAUGGUAGUAUCGUCUGUCCCAAGAAAGACCGUUUCCCUUCGGGGAAACUAACCUACCCUUCUAUCGAGCUCUGUUUUCAUUCUAAAGACUUCCCUUGGUGGCCAAAAUCCAACAAACUUUAGGCUAUGGGAGCAUUCAAAAAAGAAAGGGAGCAAAGGCCUACAGCUUCGUGGUAAGAGACAACAGGGGAAUUAGGGAUCUAAUGGGGAGGUUGAAUGGGAGGUUAAAAACUAGAAAAAAAAUUAAACCAAUUCAGGGAGACUGCGGAUUUAUUAAGAAAAAGAAAACUCGAUGGGGCCGUGGAAACCAUAAACAACCCCUGCCGCCAACCCUUAGCUGAGAGCGGGUGACUGUCUGGUUUUAUCGAUGGAGAUGGUCAUUUUAACUUAAGGACUUCUAAGAAUAAGAUCGGUAAUGAAUUCUAUUUAGAACAAGCAGAUUUGUAAAUUUAAUUAGAGAUUGGGAGUUUCUUGGGAGUAGAGGUCAAGAGCCGGGGUAAACCUGGCUUGUUCAGACUAAGAACGGCCUCUUUCUUAACUAACAAGAAGCUAAUUAGUUACCUUGAGGACUGGCCGCUUUUUACUUCUAAGCACCUGGAUUUUUUGGACUGAAAGAAAGGAUUUGAC